AUGAGCACACCCACCCCCCCAUCCUUCGGCCCUCUUGGCCAAGACGACCACAACAGAUACGUCGAUGAGCUCGCACAACUGCAUGCUCACGGCCCGGGGGUUACACUCACCUACGCGCUCGCAAACCCGGAUGGCGUCCAUGUCAUCGUCAAGGACGACAGACCCCCCCAACGCAUGCCCGACCUCGAGCCCGCACAUGACCCCAACCCCGACCCCCAGUACACGUUGGUGCUGCCCCCAAGCGUCUCCAACACAGGCGGCUGCCGUCCACGCUCGCAAGCACGUCGGUCGAUGCCACGCAAGCGUCAGGGGUAA